AUUUAUUGGAAAUCCCUGGAGAGAUCGAGAGGUCAGGACUCAGGAGAGACAUUUUAUCCUUCUUCUCGUAAUUUCCGGAUCAUUUCGUUGUACGCAAUACGCAUCGCCUUACGUCAUUGAGUCGUCUAAGCUCUUCUAUAUAUACUCUUCCUCUCCCUCUUCCUCCUCAUUCCUCUUACCAUAAACUCUCUCUCUCUCUCUCUCUCUCUCUCAUAAUUUCAUUCACUGCGACGCUACUUUAGAAUUUCUGAAACAUGCAGAUCUUCGUCAAAACCCUCACCGGCAAGACCAUCACUCUCGAGGUCGAGAGCUCCGACACCAUUGACAACGUUAAGGCCAAGAUCCAGGACAAGGAAGGUAUUCCUCCGGAUCAGCAGCGUUUGAUCUUCGCCGGGAAGCAGUUGGAGGACGGUCGCACCCUUGCCGACUACAAUAUUCAGAAGGAGUCCACGCUCCAUCUCGUCCUCCGUCUCCGUGGUGGGAUGCAGAUCUUCGUCAAAACCCUCACCGGGAAGACCAUCACCCUCGAGGUCGAGAGUUCCGACACCAUCGAUAACGUUAAGGCCAAGAUCCAGGACAAGGAAGGUAUCCCUCCGGAUCAGCAGCGUUUGAUCUUCGCCGGGAAGCAGUUGGAGGACGGUCGCACCCUUGCCGACUACAAUAUCCAGAAGGAGUCCACGCUCCAUCUCGUCCUCCGUCUCCGUGGUGGGAUGCAGAUCUUCGUCAAAACCCUCACCGGGAAGACCAUCACCCUCGAGGUCGAGAGUUCCGACACCAUCGAUAACGUUAAGGCCAAGAUCCAGGACAAGGAAGGUAUCCCUCCGGAUCAGCAGCGUUUGAUCUUCGCCGGGAAGCAGUUGGAGGACGGUCGCACCCUUGCCGACUACAAUAUCCAGAAGGAGUCCACGCUCCAUCUCGUCCUCCGUCUCCGUGGUGGGAUGCAGAUCUUCGUCAAAACCCUCACCGGGAAGACCAUCACCCUCGAGGUCGAGAGUUCCGACACCAUCGACAACGUCAAGGCCAAGAUCCAGGACAAGGAAGGUAUCCCUCCCGAUCAGCAGCGUCUGAUCUUCGCCGGCAAGCAAUUGGAGGAUGGUCGCACCCUUGCCGACUAUAACAUUCAGAAGGAGUCCACCCUCCAUCUCGUCCUACGUCUCCGCGGUGGCAUGCAGAUCUUCGUCAAAACCCUCACCGGGAAGACCAUCACCCUCGAGGUCGAGAGUUCCGAUACCAUCGACAACGUAAAGGCCAAGAUCCAAGACAAGGAAGGCAUUCCUCCUGAUCAGCAGAGGCUCAUCUUCGCCGGGAAGCAAUUGGAGGAUGGGCGUACCCUCGCCGAUUACAACAUACAGAAGGAGUCGACUUUGCACCUGGUGCUCCGAUUGAGGGGAGGGAUGCAGAUCUUUGUUAAGACCUUGACAGGAAAAACCAUCACUCUGGAGGUGGAGAGCUCGGACACCAUCGACAACGUGAAGGCUAAGAUUCAGGACAAGGAAGGCAUUCCUCCGGACCAGCAAAGGCUCAUCUUUGCCGGGAAGCAAUUGGAGGAUGGGCGUACCCUAGCUGAUUACAACAUUCAAAAGGAGUCAACCCUCCACCUCGUCCUUCGCCUCCGUGGUGGUGAUUUCUAGAUGCUUUUUCUUUAUGGUGAUAUUAUGUCGGCUGUGUCUCGCCUGCCUUUCUGUUGGAAGUAUUUUUCAGUGUAUUUGUUCGGUCCCUUGGUUGUUCUCCUUAAAUAAGUAAGAACAUUAGUAGUUAAAUCGAGUCUUUGGACAAAUGUAAUUCCCUUUUCCAUACCUAAAUGAAAAAUAGUGACUUAGUUUGUUCAAAUUCCUGCGUUCAUCUUGAUUUAAUUCCUGGAAAUGGAUAAGACUCUUGAUUUUUCAAUUGAA